GGUAAAAACUCCCUCUCUCUCUAUCUCUAUCAAACACCUUUUAACACUUCCCCCUCCCAUUACGAUUGGGAUUUGCAAGCUGUAAUCGAAUGGGCAUCUCUUUUGGACUCAUCUUCCGCGUACUCUCUCUCUCUCUCUCAUCUACCUCCUCAGUCCUCCCUUAUAAUCUCUCCCCCAUUGUCUCCCCAUUUUAUCUUUAACAACACAUAGGUUUCAUUCCCCUCCCACGCGUCCUUCCCCUUCUCUCUCUCUCUCUCUCUCUCUCUCUCUCUCUCAUUACAUUUCUCACACUCACUCUCUCUCUUGUUUAUGCUCUUCAACAUUUUGAUCCAAUUAACCUCAUCCCAAACCAGAUCACACCCCCACCCAUUGAGUUCUCUCCAAAAAAAAAAAAAAAAAACAUUCCCCCAAAUUCAAUUCCCAUUCCCAUUUUCUUCUAUUAAUUAUCCACCCAUUUUUAUUUUAUUUAAUAUAAUUCAGGUGUCCGGCCAGCUUAGUCGGAGCUAAUAUCCCAAUGGCACCAUCGUUCGAUUGGUGGGCCGCCAAGGGUACGGCCGCGCCGCCUGCCGCGGUGGUGGUUAAGAUGGAGAACCCGAACAACUGGUCCAUGGUCGAGCUGGAGGGCCCCACCGCCGACGACCUCUUCCCCCUCACCACCGCGGACGGCGCCGGUGGCGACAGCAACAAGACCGCCCGCCGGAACAAGAACGCCAAGCAGCUCACCUGGGUCCUCCUCCUCAAGGCCCACCGCGCCGCCGGCUGCCUCUCCUACCUCGCCGCCGCAUUCCUGACUCUCGCCGCCGCCGUCCGCCGCCGCGUCGCCGCCGGCAAGACCGACAACGACAAUGACACCGGCGUCAUUACGAAUAGACCGCCCGAGAAUCUGACCGUCAAGAGCAGGAUAUAUUCUGCCAUAAAGGUGUUUUUGUGGGUGUCUCUGGUGUUGUUAGGGUUUGAAAUGGCAGCUUAUUACAAGGGAUGGCAUAUCACGGCGGCGAAUCUCCAGUUCAAGUACCAAUCCGUUUUGGGUCUGUUCGAUUUGCUUUAUUCCAAGUGGGUUUUGAUUCGGGUCGGGUACCUGGCUCCGCCGCUCCAGUUCCUCACCAAUGCGUGUAUCGUGCUGUUUCUUGUUCAGAGCCUGGAUAGGUUGGUUCUGUGUCUGGGUUGCUUGUGGAUCAAAUUGAAGAAGAUCAAGCCGGUCUUGAAAGGAGGAGCAGCGGAUUUGGAGUCGGGGGAUGGUGGGUAUUUCCCCAUGGUUCUUGUUCAGAUCCCCAUGUGCAAUGAAAAGGAGGUUUAUCAGCAAUCUAUCGCUGCUGUGUGCAAUUUAGACUGGCCUAAGUCGAAACUGUUAAUACAAGUUCUUGAUGAUUCGGAUGACCCGGUGACUCAAUUGCUGAUCAAAGAAGAGGUUCAUAAAUGGCAGCAAGAGGGUGCCAAUAUCAUCUACCGGCACCGAAUCAUUAGAGAGGGAUACAAAGCUGGUAAUCUCAAGUCAGCCAUGAAUUGCAGCUAUGUCAAAGACUACGAGUUUGUUACCAUUUUCGAUGCUGACUUUCAGCCCGCCCCUGAUUUUCUUCAAAGAACGGUGCCUCAUUUCAAGGAUAAUGAGGAACUAGGGCUUGUUCAAGCAAGGUGGUCUUUUGUGAACAAGGAUGAAAACCUACUAACGAGGUUGCAGAACGUUAAUUUAGCUUUUCAUUUUGAGGUGGAGCAACAAGUGAAUGGAGUUUUCUUGAAUUUCUUUGGGUUCAAUGGCACUGCCGGUGUGUGGAGGAUAAAGGCUUUGGAGGAGUCCGGGGGAUGGUUAGAGAGGACCACAGUUGAGGACAUGGAUAUUGCUGUCAGGGCUCAUCUCCAUGGAUGGAAAUUCAUCUUUCUUAAUGAUGUGGAGUGUCAGUGUGAGUUACCGGAAUCUUAUGAAGCUUACCGGAAACAGCAGCAUAGAUGGCAUUCUGGACCGAUGCAGCUGUUUCGUCUCUGUUUGCCUGCCGUUAUCCGCUCAAAGAUAAGCAUUUGGAAGAAAGCCAACAUGAUUUUCCUAUUCUUCCUCCUAAGAAAACUGAUACUACCGUUUUACUCAUUCACCCUGUUUUGCAUAAUUCUUCCCAUGACAAUGUUCAUCCCGGAAGCCCAACUUCCCGCGUGGGUUGUUUGCUAUGUUCCCGCCGCCAUGUCGUUUCUCAAUAUACUCCCAGCCCCCAAAUCAUUCCCUUUCAUUGUCCCCUACCUUCUUUUUGAGAACACAAUGUCAGUUACCAAAUUCAAUGCCAUGAUCUCUGGCCUUUUCCAACUCGGAAGCGCGUACGAAUGGGUAGUCACCAAGAAAUCCGGCCGCUCAUCGGAGGGUGAUCUCACAACUUUGCUUGAUAAAGAGAAAAAGCACCACAGGGGUGGGUCGGAGCCUGGUUUAGAUGAAAUGAAGGAGGAAAUCGAACAACAGGAGCGGAGGGAUUCCAAGAAAAAGAAGCAUAACAGGAUGUAUACAAAGGAGUUGGCAUUGGCAUUCCUUCUUCUCACAGCUUCAGCUAGGAGCCUUUUAUCUGCUCAGGGUAUCCAUUUUUACUUCUUGCUAUUUCAAGGGAUCUCAUUCCUGUUAGUUGGGCUUGACUUGAUCGGUGAGCAGAUCGAGUGAAUGGAAAUUCCUAUUUCUAAUGGUAUAUAUCAAUUAUGGAUCAUAUAAGCAUCUAAAACUGAAAUUCAAUCGCGGGUACUGAAUUUUGGGGCAUGCUAUGGGGACUCGAAAACCCUAGGCAAUUUCCGGAGGGGUGGGACUGCUGCUUUCGCUUGUUCUCCACAGUCCAGACCUCUGAUCCCCGGGAUAGUUAGAAUCAUGCGUAGUAAGGACUCAUGGAAAAUCUCUUCAAUUCUGGAGAUAGAAGACAGGCAUUAGAAAAAAUGGUGAUGUCUAUUAGUAUAUUCAAGGUUUUUCUCCCUUUCCCCCCCCCCCCUUUUUUGGAUCUCCCCUUCUGGGAUUCUUUGGUUUUUUUCUAUUCUUUUGUAAUAAGAAUUUGUUCAAUUAGUUGGAGGGAGGAUUUUCACACUCGAGGGCCUGUAUAUAUUUCUUUAGCAGCUGAUUUGUUUUUAAGGAAAUUUCAUUCUAAAAGAAAAA